GAUUGGAUCUGAAAUCUUUGGAGCAACAAUUGCAUCCCGAUAUAUGAGGAAUUCACAUAUAUUAGCGAAAUUUAUACAAAGUGAUGAGACGACAGAUAUAUUUCCUGGUGAAGUACAAUAUUAUUUUGAACAUUCACUUGACCUUUCAAUAG